AUGUCGUUUAGUGAAUUAACAAUUUCAUUUGAUGGUUCAGCAAAUAUAGUUACUGGAACUCUUUACGUUAUUUUAUUUACAUGCGUUUGUACAUAUUUGUCAUUUAAAUUUUUUUCAAGAGAAAUAAAUAUUUCAUAUAUUAUGUUAAUUCUAUUAUUCCUUGCAAAAACAAUAUGUUUUUCUGUUUAUGGAAUAAUGUCAAUUUAUGGUAAAAAGAAUUGUGAAUUAUUUUAUUUAACAAGAUUGGCUUAUUUUUGUACUUUUUUAUUAAUUACAUAUACUUAUUAUCAUUGGUGCAAUUCAUUUUGUGAAAAUGAAAUUAAAAUAGUUGAAAUGAAAGUUGUUAAAUGGACAAUUCUUUUAAUGAAUAUUAUUGUAUUUGUUGCAAUAACUUCUGCAUUUUUUUAUUAUCUUGCACAAGGAAGUUAUUGCUCUGACUCAAAUACUUUUGCAGUAAAACUUAAUACUUGGAUGAUUACUUCAAGUAAUUUAUUAGUUGCUUUUUUCUGUGUAACAUUCACAAUUUAUUUAAUUUAUGCAUACAGAAAGACAGUUCAUCACUUAUUAUCACUUCAAUCAAAGAGGUCAUUUAGUAUUGUAAUUAUUUGCUCUUUUAUUCUUGUAUUUGAAAUGACAAUGAGGGUUGUUUUCCAUCUUUAUAAACCGAUAACAAAUCAUUAUAUGAACGAUAUUCUUUUUAGAUCAGGAACAUAUUACAUUCCUGAUAUUAUCGAAUACACAAUUAUAUUAAUUAUGUGGAACCUUGAUGUAAUAUCAGCUUCAAUAACAAAACAUGAUGAAAAAGAAUUAUUAAAACGUUCAGAAAUUAUUAUUAGAAAUAUCACAAUACGUUAUUAUGAUAAAACAGAUAUAAGUCAUAGAGAUUUGUUUGAAAAAUUUAUGCAACCUGAGUCUGGUUCAAAUAAAACUGAUGAAAGUGAUGACGCUCCUAUAACAGAUGAAACUUAUCGUAACUCUUGUGUUUUAUCUAAUGUUAAAAAUCCUUUAUUAAUGAAUGAUGAUAAUCCAGAUAUUUUGUAA